GCUGAGAACGAUAACACUCCCUCCCUCCCUUUCGCUCUCUCCCUCCCUGUCUCUCUCUCUCUCCCUGUCUAUCUUCCUCCCUGUCUCUCUCUCUCUUUUUCUCUCAAUCACUAAUUCUCUGGCAAACUGCUCUUUCUGUCUCUCUUGUUAGUUUCUCUUUCCAAAUAUCUCCCUCUCCAGCACCCUUCAUCUUUUUCCCUGUUUCCCCCCACUCCCCUCUCCCUUUCUUAUCUCUCUGUCUCUCCAAAUCACUAAUCUGUCUAGAAUAGAAGUCCACUCAGACAGGUCUCUUGACUGGAGACAUGGUCAGUCUCUGUGGGGAGGUGGUGAGUUGCUGAGCCGGAUUUAGACGAUUAGUAGUGGACUUAGCAUUUACACUGAUAGGAUGGAAUAUGAUGUGUCACAGUGCAGUAAAUUGUAUAAUUGGAAUCACUUCUACGUGACCUUAAAGGACAGAGCAAGAGACCAUACAGAGCUGAACUUUUAUUGCCCUUGAUUCAUCCAUUAUUUUGGGCUUCCCCUCGUGGAUUAAGGAGCAGUGAAGCUGAGAAAAGCAGAUAGCCAUCAAUGAGUGUGACCAACUCCUCUGCCUACAGAUCGGAACGCAGCUUCCAGCAGACCUCUUCCUCCUCCUCAUCCUCCAACAACCCAUACAUGGAGAAGAGCAGGGGGCUCUUUGCAGAGGACUUUGGCUCUUUCAUGCGUCCUGGAACGGAUGCCUUGGGAUUUCCCAGUCGGACAGGGACAGCAGGGAAGAUCAAGACAAUGGGAGACAGCUACCAGUUCACAGUGGAUGUCCAAGACUUCUCUCCAGAGGAUGUCAUUGUCACCACCUCCAACAACCAGAUCGAAGUACAUGCAGAAAAGUUGGCAGCGGAUGGCACAGUGAUGAACACUUUCACCCACAAGUGCCAGCUACCUGAGGAUGUGGACCCCACCUCUGUGACAUCAUCAUUGGGCACCGAGGGAACGCUAACAGUCAAGGCCCGUAGAAACCCAUCCAAGCAUGAGCUCACACAGACCUUCCGCACUGAGAUCAAGAUCUAAGAAGACAGACAGGACUCUCCCAUGAGCCAUGACCCCUGUUCCCUCACUGCCUGUAUUUUGUAAUGCUAUAUUCUGUUUUUCUCAUUUAAUGUCUUUAUCAUUAUAUGUUCAUUCUGCCCUUUAAGCUGGAACGUUUUUUUCUUCUGCCAUACCACCUCCUCAAAAUACCACAUCCUCCAAUAGCUGCCUUGGAUUGAUAACAGUUAGCCUAAUUUGUUCUUGUGUUUUCCCAGUUAUCACACAUCACCUCCACACACACACACACCACCUCCACACACACACACACCACCUCCACACACACACACACACACACACACACACACACACACACACACACACACACACACACACACACACACACACACCACCUCUAAACACACACACACAUCACUUCUACACACACACACACAUCCCCUCCACACACAUCACCUUCACACACGUCACCUCCACACAUCACCUCCAUACACACACACACAAAAUUGAGAAUGCUGGGGUGAGGAUGGUUCAUAAUAAUGGCUGGAGCUGCGUGAAUGGAAUGGCAUCAAACCAUGCGUUUGACGUAUUUGAUACCAUUCCACCUAUUCUGCUCCAGCCCUUUCCACGAGCCUGCACACACAUCCAUCCAUUAACUAAGUAUUGCUUCUUCUACUGAACUCUACAUAUACUGCUACCAUUGUGCAUUGUCAUAGUUGUGUGAAUAAAGUAGUUGAUUAAUUUUUCAUUUAGAGGAUAUAAACGUUUGUGUGCAUCAA